CGCUGGCGUAAGCUCUGGCGUGUAGCGUCAUAGCCCGGCGACGCGCGGCUCCGGAAGGUGGGGCGCUGCCGCUAACAUCAUGUUCAAGGUAAUUCAACUGGGGGCUGCCCCUGCCAGCCUGAGCCUGCUCUCUCUACAGGUGUAUGCUUCAUCCCCUGAGAGGAAAAGACCCAAAAAGGAGUUGCUAAAAGUUGAUGAGCUUUCACUCUACUCCUCCCCAGCUCAUGAAUCUAAAUAUGUGGAGGACCCACAAACCCAACUGGAGGAGGGAAUUUCACAUCUACGGCAUUUUAUGGAGCCCUAUACAUCCAGGUGUCAGGAUCUUUACACUAAAGCAAUGCCCAAAGUAGAAAAAACUGUUGAACGUGGUAGAGAGGGUUGUGAAUUUCUCAAAAAUCCCCCUGCUGGAUUCUAUCCAAGACUUGGUGUGAUUGGGUUCGCUGGAAUUGUUGGACUCUUUUUUGCUAGAGGUUCAAAAAUAAAGAGGCUGGUGUAUCCAGUGGGUUUUAUGGGGAUUGGUGCGUCCCUCUAUUAUCCACAGCAGGCUGUUGCUAUUGCAAAGGUCACAGGUUCAAGGCUGUAUGAUUGGAGUCUGCAAGGAUACAUAGCCAUAGAAUCUCUCUGGAAAGACAGUCCUAAAAAGAAGAAAUCUGGAAAAAAAGGAAGUGAAAAGAGUGAUGCAGAUGGUGACAAGCCAGUGGAAAUACAUGCUCCUUCAGAUGCAGAAAGAGCCAUGAAGUAGAACAUGCUCCAUAAUUUUCUAUCAAAACAGGUGAACAGAAGAUAUAGAAAAGAUCAGCAUUUUUCUGGAGACGAGGAAGACUGAGGAACAUGCUUUAAUUUAUGAAUGUAGAUAACAUGUUCUGCCUCAGGAAAAUUGAUGGUGCACUAUGUGGAACACAGUCUCUGAAUGGACACUACCUAGUCUUGUCAGCAGGAGAUUCUUAGGCCUUAAUCCUGCAAUAGGAUCCAUAUAGACUGAAGAGUCUUCUCACAUAUGGAGAUCCCAUUGUGAGAUCAGUGCCUCAAGUAGCACAUCUCCAAACUCCUCAAUCUCAUGUUGUUAUAUAUAAUUUACAAUUAAAGUUGAAAUUUAAAUUAAAUUAAGUUUUCUUGCUUUUUUUUCUUUUUGACUUUCUUUAUAUGAACUUAUCUGAUAUUCCUUUUGAAGGUGGGGGUGAACGAGAUUCUUGAGAUCAAUUGACAUGUUCUUUUUCUGGGAAAAAGUGUAAGUAGUGUGUCCAUAAUGCAGUUUUGGCUAACAGAUUUACAAAUGAAAACAAUUACAAUGAA